AUGGCACCGCACAACACCACCGCCGGCGGCAGCCCGCUCCGCGAGACCGACGUUCUGAAGCCGCACGACCCAGCCCUCACAGACGAGAACGAGUGGGAGGAAUUCCAGCUCGCCGCCGCCGAGGUGCGCGACCCGGCGACGGGCGCCCCGACGAGCCUGCUGCACGCCGACGCCAUGUCGCCGGUGACGGUGGUCGGGCGGCUGGAGCCUGUGCCGCGCUCGCAGGCCCACCUGCUGGCCGCGUCGGCGCCCUCGCUCUUCCCGCGCGCCGGCUUGCCCGUCGAGCUGACCAACGUGACUCGCUUCGCCUACGGCCAGUACGACGACGGCGAGGUCGCCAUCUGGGCCGCCGGCCAGGCCGGCUGGUUCAAGAUCGCGGAGCCGCCCGCAGCCCGGGGUGGCAACAACGCGUACAAAGACAUCUUCAAGGACAUGGUCGAAGCGAUCAAUGUCUUGUACUUUUUGGCCGACGUGUAUCGUGAGAACCGGGGUGAUGGGUCCGCGAAGGCCAUCUUCAAGCGCUAUGCCACGGAGAAUCCGAACAGGUUUUCGAGCCCAAAGCAAGCCGCCGAGGCGAUAUAUAAGCAUAAGGAGUUUUUGAUCUUAUCGAUGCUAAGGGGUAAGGAGUUAGAAGAUCCAGCAUGGAAUUACACGGAUAUCUUCCUGCACCUGAAGAGUAAGUUUCCGGUGGAGUAUGAAGCGAUGGAGAGAAAGGAGGCGGGCAAAGUGGGGCUGGAUAAGAGGAAGAAGACUAAGAGGGGGACGCCGAGUCAGAAGGCCGGAAGCCAGGAGACUGAGUCGACAGAUGAUGGCAGGAAGAAAGCCCUAAAACCCGGCUCGGCGCCGAAGAAAGAUGACAAUUGGUGGGAGGCGAAGGUAAUUUGGGAGAUGAUGCAGAAGGUGCAAAUUCAGGGACUGCUUGCGCCCAAGAACAUGACUGUCACGAACUUUGCGAAAGUUAUGGUGCGGAAAUUCGAGGUGGACGAUGAAGACUUGGCGGCAGACUAUAUCAGGGCGCAUGCAACAGCUCUGCUGUACAUGAUGGCACACAAGAGGAAGCCGGCCGUUGAGUGGACAGAACAGCCAGUCUAUACGGAGCUGUCGCAGGUUAAGCUGUCUUCUAGUGCUUUGAGACGAACAUCGAGGCUUGAGAUCCGCCGGAGGAGAGACCCACUACCUGAUCCGGAACCAGAGUUAGCCCAACUAGGGGUUGAGCAAGACUCAUCCUCAGAGGAUAUUCCGGCACCAGCUCCUCGGCGCGGACGGAAAGCAAGACAGUCUCUCCUCAGACCUAAGAGCAGCAAGUAUUCUGGAAAGGGCAUGACUCGAAGCGGAAAAUCAUAUCACAGAAGCAGUGGGGACGAGGACGAGGACGACACAGACGCGCCGGAAGUUACAUCUCCACCGAAGCGCAAAAUUGAAGCAGACGAGGAUAACACUAGACGCAAGCGACAGAGCAGCCGGAGUCAGAUUCAACUAACCCAGGGGGUAUCCCCUCCUGACUCGGACGACGAAAGGAAGGAGACUCUUCCUCUGCGUUGGAAAACGCCACAGAGCCAGAGAGGCACAGCAAACUUCACCCCCACACUUCUCUCCGAGCCAGCGGCGUCAGUGGAAGCGAACUCGCCCGGGGACAUAUGGCGCUGCACGCAUGACGAAUGCAUGCAUAAAGUGUAUGGCGCGAGUUUGGACGAGUCGCAGGUGCUAAUUGCGGAGCACUUGGACGAGCAUGACGCAAAAAGGAAAGAGGCGGUCGCGCUGGCCAGAAGCGAGGAACUGCGAAGUAACCUUCCUGUCAGCAACCUGAUAAAGCGGAUCCGCGAGAUGGCGGACUCGCAGCACAACGUGCAGCUGAUGGGCCUGGCGGGACUCGGCACGUCAACCGAGGAGCAAGCUUUCCCGGCACCCAUACAAAGACAGUUCUGA